AUGACAAAUGAACAACAACUUAUUACAAUUGAUCGAUUACGUCAAGCUAUUGAUACAAUUAUUGCUAAACAUGCUAUAUUUCGAGCAUCAUUAGAUUGGAAUAUAAAUACAAAUGUUUUAGUUCAAUAUAUUCAACAAUUUAAUUAUAGAAAUCAAUAUGAAUUUGUAAUUAGUUAUGUUGAAAAUGAUGAAGAAAUAACAAAAAUAAUUAAUAGAGAAAUUACAAGUUCAAAAUUAUUUGAUCGUAAUCGAGGCAUUGUAUUACGAUGUCACAUAAUUAAAUAUAAUUCUACGAGAAAAGAUGAAGAAAUAUGCUUACAAAAUAAUGAUAUUAUUAUUUUUAAUCUUCAUCAUAUUGCUUUUGAUGGUGCUUCACGACGAAUAUUUUUUAGUGAUGUAAAAUAUAAUUUAGAAAAUGAUAGUACAUUAAUAAAUAAUGAAAAUCAAUUUCAAUACAUUGAUUAUUCAGUUUAUGAAAAACAAAUGGAUAUAAUAUCAUCUUAUCAUUUCUGGCAAUCACAUCUUGAUGGAUUGAAUUUCGAACGUCGUAUUAUAUUACCUUUUGAUCGGCAUCGUUUAUUAACUGAUCAACAUUCAGGUUUUGCUCAUCUUAUUGAUAUUCCAUUUGAUAAUGAUUUAAUACAUUCAUUUCUUGAUUAUGCUUCUUCACAAGAUAUUACACCAUUUCAAUUAGGUCUUAUCAUAUUUUAUACAUUUUUAUAUAAAUUAAGUCAUAAUCAGAAUGAUCUAUGCAUUUCAUGUAUUCAUGCUAAUCGAUAUAGAACAGAAUUACAAAAUCU